AUGUUGUACCUAGUCGGCCUCGGUCUCUCAGACGAGACCGAUAUCACCGUCAAGGGGCUCGAGGUGGUUAAGAAGGCCUCAAGGGUGUACCUCGAAGCCUAUACCAGCAUUCUCCUCGUCGAUCAGGCUGUCCUCGAGAAGUACUAUGGCAGGUCUGUCACGAUCGCCGACCGCGAGAUGGUCGAGUCCAACAGCGAUGAGAUCCUCCGCGACGCCCAGACGGAAGACGUUGCCUUCCUAGUCGUCGGCGAUCCCUUUGGCGCAACGACACACACCGACAUCGUCCUCCGCGCGCGCGAGCUCAAGAUCCCCGUCCGCACCGUCCCCAACGCCUCCAUCAUGUCGGGCAUCGGCGCCUGCGGCCUGCAGCUGUACAACUUUGGCCAGACCGUGUCCAUGGUCUUCUUCACCGACAGCUGGCGCCCGGCGAGCUUCUACGACCGCGUCAAGGAGAACCGCGCCAUCGGCCUGCACACCCUCGUGCUGCUCGACAUCAAGGUCAAGGAGCCCAACCUCGAGAGCAUGGCGCGGGGGCGCAUCGUCUACGAGCCGCCGCGGUACAUGAGCGUGGGCACCUGCGCCCGGCAGAUGCUCGAGGUGGAGGAGGACCGCAAGGAGGGCGCCUACGGGCCGGACAGCCUGGCCAUCGGCGCGGCGAGGGUGGGCGGCAAGGAGGAGACGUUUGUGGCGGGGACGCUCAAGGAGCUGUGCGACGCCGACGACAAGCUGGGCCCGCCGCUGCACAGUCUGGUCCUGUUGGGCAACAGGACGCACGAGCUGGAGCACGACUUUGUGAGGGAAUUUGCGAUCGACAAGGACAACUGGGACAGGAUAUGGAAGGAGCAAUACCACACGCAAUAG